GAAGACGGGUCUCAACAUUUAAGGCGAAGAAGAUCCGUUUCGGGUAGAACAGGGCGUAUUUUUCUUUCUGCUGUUUAGACAAAGAGAGAGUGAGAGAAACUCAUAGAAAAUUCUCGAAGAAGCUUCUUUUUCAGUUUUUUCAUUUUGAGUAUUUUUUAUUUUCUUUUUUGAUUUUAGGGUUUGAGAACUGGCACUGGGCAGCGAUGUCGAAUCAUCACCGUUCUUCCUCUAAGAACGGUCUACCACCUCAAGAACUUCUUGAUGAUCUCUGCAGUCGCUUUGUGCUAAAUGUGCCAAAGGAAGAUCUUCAGUCUUUUGAAAGGAUCUUGUUUCUUGUGGAGUAUGCACAUUGGUUUUAUGAAGAUAACUCUGUAGAAAAUAAUCCAUCUCUGAAAUCAUUAAAUCUGAAGGAGUUUACUUCUUUGUUGUUCAACAGUUGUGAUGUUUUAAAGCCUUACGUGGCCCAUAUAGAUGAUAUUUUCAAGGACUUCACAUCCUAUAAGGUUCGAGUUCCUGUAACUGGGGCAAUAAUUCUUGAUGAAACAUAUGAAAGGUGUUUGCUAGUAAAGGGAUGGAAAGGUUCAAGUUGGAGCUUCCCUCGUGGCAAAAAGAGCAAAGAUGAAGAAGAUCAUGCAUGUGCCAUUAGAGAAGUCAUGGAAGAAACCGGUUUUGAUGUUUCAAAACUUCUUAACAAGGAUGAAUACCUUGAAGUUAUCUUUGGGCAACAGAGAGUGAGGCUUUACAUUAUUGCUGGAGUAAAAGAUGAUACAUCAUUUGCUCCGCUUACCAAAAAGGAAAUCAGUGAAAUUGCAUGGCACCGGCUUGAUGACCUCCAACCAGCAACUGAUGAAGUGAUAUCUCGAGGGAUCACUGGGCUUAAGCUUUAUAUGGUGGCCCCUUUUCUGGCAUCAUUGAAAUCAUGGAUUUCUACCCACCAUCCUGCUAUGGCUCCAAGGCCUGAUUUGCCUCUUAAAGGAAUUUGCGUGUGGAAAGCAAAACACAAUUCUAUUGGAAGUAGCUCCACAGUAGUGGAUAACCAGCCUACAAAACCGGAAUCUGAUUCUCACACCCAUGAUGUGGGGCCUGGCAAGAGCUUUAGGAAUUUCAGAUUUGAUACUGCCUCAAUUUUACAAGCAAUGGAAGCUUCCUUUUCUUCAUGAAAGUUCAGCAACCUUCCUGUAAAGUUUCGUGUACCUGAAUUGAUUUCACCAAUUUCACCUGAACCCAAAGUUGGUAGUAUUCACUCGAGAAAAGCUGGUAGUGUUCACUCUCCACUCCAAUUAGGAGGUUGCUGUACAUCUUGUUCCUCGAGUUGUCUGGUUGAAUGAGUAUUAUGUACAUUAUGUAUAGGAAGUAUUUUGUACCUAAAUAGUAUUUUUCAGUCACUGGUGUUAUCUGUAAAACUAGAGAAAAUGUUCAAUGUAUAAGUUAUACUUCUCCUUCUAUUA